GAAUUCACGCGGACCAAGGUCCGGCGGUCCCAGAGUCCUUGACGACUCAAAUGACUAAGGCAGCCCUCAAGCUCGCUGCGGUAUCUUAAGAACCGCUUCCUGUCGUGAGAUCGAAUCCCAAGCUCUGAAUCAGAGGCACCAUGCCUCCCUCGUGGAGACGGAUGCUGCUGUAUUUGUGCGUGGCAUGUUUCCUCGAAGGGAUCACAUACUCUCAUCUGGGAUCCUUCUUCAACGUAUACGCGAUUCGUGAGCGUCACCUGUCCGCCACGCAGUACGGCAUAAUUCUCGGUUCGUACAGCGUGAUGGUCCUCAUCAUCACCCCACUGACCGCGGCAUUGGUCGCAGCGCGAGCCUUCACCGACAAGACGAUCCUGUGCUCGGGGAUGACGCUCGACGCCGUGUUCACCCUAUUCAUGGCAGCCGCCUCGGAGAUAUCUUCGAAGACGCACUUCUUCCUCUUUUGUCUACUCAUGCGAGUAGUACAAGCCAUCGGACGGGCGUCUGCAGUGCUCAUGCUCUACGUAAUCGCCGGUGCUCAGCUCGAGAAGAUAAAUCAUGUGGUCAUACCGCUGUUGGAGACCAUUUACGGUGCUUCGGUUGUCGUCGGCCCUGUCGUGAGUGGCUUCUUGAACCUUUCCGGUUUCUUUUUGCCAUUCGUCUCGAUAGGUGGAUCUCUUCUGGCUUUCACCCUGAGCGCCUUUUGCUUCUUCCCGGACUCGGAACGCGCGGAGCCAAAACAGGAGGCCGACGACGGCCAACACAAUUCCUGCUCAAUUUGGAGCAUACCGGUGUUGGUCAACGCGUUGGCAUGUUACCACGCUUUUUACCUCAUCUCUUUCAACGAGUCGACGCUGGCCGUCAAAUUGAAUAAGGAUUACGGCUUCAAGUCCUCGGAAUCGGGGAUAGUGUUUCUCUUCAGCGGCAUCUCUUACGCGGUCGCGAGUUUGGUCUCUGGCUAUUAUUCGAAAAAAGUCAGGGACCCGAGAAAUAUCGUCUUGCUGGGCUUAAUUGUCGUUGUCGUCGGUAUCUCCCUCCUUGGACAGAAGACACUUUUCGAAACACGUCUCUGGAUUUUCUGCCUGGGACAGGUGCUGCUGGGCUUGGGUUCUGGACCCAUGUUCGUCUGUUGCUAUCUCCAAUCCUUGCGGCAAAUCGGCGGCUCGAGUCCAAGCAAGGACAUAUAUGCCUCCUUAAUGGCACUGUUCAACCCAGCGUCUUCGAUCGGAACCAUGCUCGGACCGUUCAUUUCCGGCAUCAUGAUGGACAAUACGAACUACGAGAUAUUGACAGCUCUGAAUUUACUCCUAACCCUGAUCAUGCUUCUCGCCUUGGCGCUCACCGCGCGGUGUUCACGCUCAGUUUCAGUCACCAAAGUCAUCACGUCGGACUCCGUCCAAAAGUUUUGACUUGAUAUGCUUAGGCUGUGAUAAAGAAUUGUUCGUCCCCUUUGUGAAUAGCUCACUCAGUCAGCGGUGAGUAGCCUCUGAAGAGGUGUAUGGGGGAUGCGUUGUCUGCGUGUAAGUUUUGUGAGCUGUUGGGCUUCAAACUUGUUCGAGGCUUGAAUACAUGUAAAUGAUUAGGAGAGGGGGUUGUACAGCGCAUAUCGGCAACCAGACCAUGACUUGCUGAAGGAGUGACCGUGAGCCGAAUCAAUAAUUGUUUUCGGUCGAGUUCGUGGGGGAGGUGGCAGAGGCGCGGGCUCUCAGUUCCUUCUGGGGCGCUGAUUCUCGAAAGAAGAAAUUCGGACGUUUGUGCAUUGAAUGAG